AACGCUUAUAAACUACAUAGGUUUAUCAUAAUAGGAAGAAAGCCCUACAGCGUUAUACAUGUCCUUCUUCAAUAUUAUAUGAUUCUUAAGAAAGAAAAAGCACAAAACAAUUUUUGAAAAAAUCCAAAAGAAAACUUAAUAAUAUCACUAAUAUAAUGUUUAUGAACUGUUUCAAAACAUUAAACAAUACCUUCCUUAGGUUAAGGCCCAGCCGGUUGCAGUCUUUUCCUCACCACCAGCAUCGGUUUUUUAGCAAAAUGUCGACAGAGCUGAAAUUUGCUUCUAAGUAUUUAAAUAUUGCCGUUCAAGAUAAUGAACAAGCUCCUGUAAAUGCUUUGUUUAAAGCUGCGUCUGAGAAAAAGCCAGAGUUGUUAGGAUCUGGCGAUUUUGAAAAAGCCCAAAUUUUCGAAUGGACAACCAAGGCUUUUUCAUCAGUUAAUUCUCAAGAACUUGUGGAGACUCUCAAUGAAUCUUUAGUAAAUACUACUUUUAUUACUCAAGAUGCUGGUAUCACACUCGCCGACCUUACUAUGUACGUCCGUCUUCAUUCCGUUAUUUCUGGUCUAUCUGCCAAGGAGGGUUAUAAGUUAAAUAACGUCGUCCGUUGGUUUGACUUCAUUCAACACCAAGAGGAUGUUAUGGAAACUGCUAAGAGUAUCGGUUUGGAGCUGGUCGCUGUGGACUUGAAUGCCCCUAAGAUUCAACGCCCUACUGUCGCUAAGAAGGACAAGAAAGAGGCCAAGGGUGAAGACAAGCAAAACAAGAAGGGAGAAAAGACAGCUCAAAAGUUAUCUAGUGCUGAGAUCGAGGCUGCUAAGAAGGAAAAACAAAAGAAAAAAGAAAAGACUGACAAGAAGGAGAAGAAGGAUAAGCCUCCUAAGGAAGCUCCAAAGGUUGAGGCCCCUGUUCCUUCAAUGAUUGAUCUUCGUGUCGGCUUCAUUGAAAAGGCCGUCAAGCAUCCUAAUGCUGAUAGCUUGUACGUUUCCACUAUUCAUUGUGGUGACGCUGAAGGCCCCCGUACCGUUUGCAGUGGUUUGGUUAAAUAUAUUCCUUUGGAACAAAUGCAACAACGUAAGGUUGUUGUAGUUGCCAAUUUGAAGCCUGUUAAUAUGCGCAGUGUCAAAUCCCAAGCUAUGGUCCUCUGUGCUUCUUCACCUGAUCAUUCCGUCGUUGAGUUUGUGCUUCCCCCUGAAGGCGCUGAGGCUGGUGACCGUCUAGCUUUUGAAGGCUUUGACAACGCCGAACCUGAAUCUCAGUUGAACCCCAAGCGUAAAGUCUGGGAAACUAUUCAACCUGGCUUUUCUAGUGGUGAAGAUCUAACUUGUACAUUUAAGGAUGAUCAGGGACUUCACAGAUUAUUCGUUAAGGGUAAAAAGGAGCUUGGUUUCUGUAAAGCUCAAACUGUCGUUAACGGUACUUUGAGUUAAAGAAAUUUUUUAGAUUGUUUUGAAAGGAUCUAGAUCAUUUGGUAAUAAAUAUUUUGGCUUCACCUUCAUUA